AGUCACGCCCACUUCUAUGUUGUCUUUUUACUUUUUUUGUCUUUCGGCACUUUGGUGACUUUGGUAGUGAAAUAAUAUUUAACUUUCAGAGUGCAAUUUACUCUCGAAUUUCACAUGAGUGAAGGAAAAACUGCAAAGGGCGCUGACCCUGCAGCAUUCAGGAUGCUGUACGAGGGCAGAAAUUUGAUAUCAGAGCGACCAGUCGUCGUGCUGGACAUCGGGAAAGCCUACACCAAGUGUGGUUUUGCAGGAGAGAGUGGCCCGAGAUGCAUUAUUCCGACUGAGUUUCAAUGCAAAGCGACUGGAAUUACCUUGAAAGUUUUUGAUUACAAAACCCCCGAUCAAUUGUUCCAAAAUUUAGUCGACUUUGUCCACAUUCUUUUCUUCAAGUAUUUGCUGGUCACACCCAAGGACAGGAAAGUGGUGAUAGUUGAGUCCUUAUUAAGCCCUUCUAUAGAGAGGGACACUUUGGCGAAAGUGCUUUUUAAUUAUUAUGAGUUGGCUUCCGUUUGCUUGGUGCCAAGCCACAUGGUCAGUUUAUACACCUUGGCUGUUCCGACCGCACUGGUACUCGACAUCGGCUACAAAGAGGCCAUUCUCAUCCCUGUUGUAGAAAACACACCUGUCCUGCAUGCAUACCAGGCACUUGCUUUUGCAGGAGAAGCAGUUGAGAAUAAUCUUAAGAAAUUGCUUGAAUCUCAGUGCAAGGAGGAGGAACAAUUUUAUUUGAAAGCAAAGCCCCUGCCGAGCAGCACAAUUGAAGACAUUAAAGUUCGAGGUUGUUUUGUGACUAGACUGGACCGAGCACAAAUGAUCCAGGCGUCUCUCAAAGAACCAUCUGUGACAGCACCGAAGCCUCCACCUGAACUAGUUUAUCCCCUUGGAGGUGAAAGGAGCAUCACAGUGCCCGGAACAGCCAGGGAGUUGGCCUACGAAGUUCUCUUUGAGCUCGACAACGACCUGAUGUCAAUUGCCACAAUGAUUUUGGAUGCUAUUUUGAAGUGCCCUGUUGACACUCGUGUUCCUCUUGCGGAGAACAUUGUUUUGAUUGGCGGCACUUCAAUGGCUCUCGGAUUGAAGGCCAGACUGCAACAAGAGCUACAGGACCUCCUUGUCACUCCCCAAUACAUAAAAAAAUUGGCGCUAAAGACAUUCUGCUUCCAUUCUCCUCCUGCGAAAGAAAACUAUGUUGCCUGGCUCGGAGGAGCCAUCAUGGGAGCAACCAACAGCAUCGUCAAGAGGUCAGUCUUGAAGGAGGACUAUCAGAAAUUGCCCAAGAUCCCUGACUGGGCCGACUUGUCAUUCAACUGUCAAGACAGCACUAAGAGAGGCUAACUUAAACAAGUACGGGCUAUUUAUUGUUUACUCCAGCUAUUUAUUAUUUCAUUACAUCUUCAAAUUAUAUUUCACAAAAUAAUAUGUUUACUCUCAACCAAAACUUCUUGCGUUC